AUGAGCUGGUGCCCUGACAGAACUGCAGUAUACAUAGCACCUCCAAAUUUGUGGUUUACAAUAAUGCCCAAUGAUCUGCAUGAUCCCCUUGCACAAGUCUUUGCAGGGGAGGAUAUCAACAUGAACCACUUCAUGAACACUGUAGGACCCAGCUCAUCAAAGCGAGCCCAAAACAUCAUGCAAGAUCCUUACACAGCAGCCAAGUUUUUCCAAUAUAUUACUAGGUCAAUGCUGUGA